CGUUCCUGCACCCAAAAUCCAACCAGCCAGGAUGCCUUCCCUGUUGAUCCGGCAAUGUGAAGGUGACUGCGGCACCAAUGGUGGCUCCCCGCAGUCCAUCGUCCCCGUGGUACUCGGGGUGAUGGGCGGAAUCGGAGGACUGUCCAUCCUCAUCGCGCUCCUGCGGUACGCGUCGCGCGAUGAUCGCCCUCCUGCUCCCCAGGUCAGACCUUUGCGACAGGCCCGCGCCGUUCCCCUUACUACGACAGCAGAGACAGAGACCACCUUACUGCCUGUGACGCUGACAGCAGAGGCAGAGACCGCCUUGCUGCCUAUGACGCCAACACCAGAGCCCAUUCAUGUUCAUCAACAUCAUCGCCAACAUUCUCAUAGCGGUCCUAUCCCCGACCUACACCCUCCGCCCUCCCCGGUCCCCUCCGAGCCGCCACCUGCCUAUGAAGCGAUUGUCUAAUCUUCUGUACGCGCAAGACUAGCUAGGACCAGGCCGUUGGCUCACGGUUGUCCCUGCAAAGUACCCGUAAGUCGGAUCAGCUGAACAGCCCCUGAUCUACUUCGAAGGAAGCUGCAGCCGGCAUCGACCAUGCGAACAAGGACCUUCGGUUGCACAAUCACUGCAGCCGCAUGUGUACCCGGUAUAGCCCAGCUUCCGGAGCAUCACGAUAUUCCGUUAUAAUUGACGUCUCCGAACGACGCCCAUGCCCUUAUCUCCACCGCCGUCUGGCUAUGUACUGGAACGCGCCUGGGUCCUGGUUGUCGUUGGACUCCGCGUUGCACCUCCCCUAUACAAUGAUACUUCAAAUGUGCGGUCCCCACUACUCCCGGCAUGGACUCAAGGCAC